CUGAGCGAGUCUAUGCGUGUGCCGUUGAUGUUGCACACAUCACUGUUUAAAAGAACAGCGGUAGCUGAUGGAUUUCAUUCUAUAGGCCUUCUGGAAUUAAGACAAAAACAAGGAUUUUAACGUUUGUAUUUACGUGGUAUGAGCCAUGAGUCAAGGUCUCUGUCAUUAGGAAUGAUCUCCACAGCAACUCGAACCACGGCGACGGUCUGCCCUCUCACCCCACUAGCCAAUGGGAGUGCGGCUGCUCAGUCUGCUCACUCUGGAUUUGCUGCUGCCCUUCGUCAACUGGCCAAACAGGCUGAGGACCCCAAAGGUUGUUCUCCCACUAGUCAGUCUCCAGUCUCUUCUCCUGCCACCAGUCUUAGUUCUCCAGUCAUCACUCCUAGCAGGGGUUCCUCCGGGUUGCUCCUGACCCCAGGUGGGGGAUCCAGCCUUCCCUCCAGUCCUCCUGUUGUCACUAUCGCCCCCACCUCCUGCAUCACUAGCAACAUCCUCUGGAGGAGACAAGGACUCCAGCCUACGUCAGGGGCUUGCAGGCUGGGCAGGGAGAGUGCCGGGGCGGAGACCAGGCCUUCCCAGGAGAAAGGGGCUCAUCCUUUACCAUCUCAACACCUUCUCGCUCACCCCUCCUACCCCUUCGGCCUCAACCCCAGCUCUGUCAUGCAGGACCGACGACUACAGGGCCUCAGUCUACCUGGCCAGGUCCACCCAACGGCUCCCUCAGGAUCAGUCCCAGAAGAGUACUUGAGAGGACUCCGUCCCUUCACAACCUCAGAUGACCUCCGUCUGCCUUCAUUACCCCUGGGGCUUGACCCUGCCACCGCUGCCCAUGUUACUGCUGCAGCUGCCUUCUACCACCCUGCCUACCUGCACCACCUACACAGAAUGGAGGAGUCUUUGUGUCUGUCUGCACUGAGGUCUCAGUUCUACUCUGUACCAGCAGGGGGGGCCUUUCCCCCCCUCCACGCCUCUGCCCUCCACAUGCACCUGCCUGGGGCACGCUACCCUGGGGAGCUUAGCCACACACACAGUGCACUGGCCGAGAGACUACAGAUGGAGGAAGAGCUUCGCCAACGGGAGAGGGAGCGCGAACGAGAGAAACAGAGGAAGCAUGAGGCAGAACGGGAGAGAGAGCGGGAGAGAGACAUGGACAGGCAGAAGGAGAAGCAGAGGGAGAGAGACAUGGACAGGCAGAAGGAGAAGCAGAGGGAGAGAGAGAGGGAGAGACAGAUGGUGAAAGCGGUGGAGAGCCAGUACCUCGCUGGGCUGAAAGCUCUCACGGUUCUGCCGGAGGACAGGGUCAGUCCUGGGGAGAGGCUGACACCUAACAGACUGGAUAAGUCCACACUCCCUCCCCUCCCAGUUCCCAAACCUCUGCAGACAGGCCUCCACUCUUCCAAGGGGUCAGCCUCUCACUCCGUGCCCAGCCUAGUGCCCUCUCAGACAGGGAGCACACACACUUCCUCGGCCUCUGCCAGUGGGCUCCAUGGGGCACUGGCCUCUGCCAUGAUGUUGCAACAGGCCAAAGGGGAUGAGCGUUGGUUGUCGCGGCAGAGAGUUGGAGAAGGGGUAGAAUCUAGGAGAGAUUGCUACAGGUCCAACACCAGUCUACGUGAGCCACUCAACAGAGAAACUCAACCCCACCUAGGAACCCCACCUCCACUCAUCUCCCCCAAACCUCACCCUUCUGUAACUCCCACCACUCUCUGGAACCCAGCCUCCCUCACAGUGACCCACCCAGACCCCCGCCGCAGGUUCAACAGGCCUGUUCCUCCCUCCCGCCCCCCUCCUGGCUUAACCAGAGCAGAGCGGCAGCCCAGCUGGGAGAGGGGUGAGGGCCCAGAAAGGUUCCCCUCUUUUAGGGGAGCAGUUCUGCAGGAGCCAGUCCUCCGGAACAGGGCUGAGCCAGAGAAAUCAACCCACGAUCUCCACCACCUCCACCAGAAGGCCUCGCUGCCCCACUCAUCACCGAGCCCCAGCCUUGACCUCCGGGUCCAGUGUCCAGCCAGCCCCCCCUUUCUUUACAGGGAGCCCCAGAGGUGUAAGGGGCGAGGCCAGAACCCAGUGGCCUACGAUGAGAUCCCCCAGCAGCACCACAGACUUGUCAGCAAGCUGGACCUGGAGGAGAGCAGGAGGAGAGAGGCCAGAGAGGAAGGGUAUUACUAUGAUCUAGAUGACUCAUAUGAUGAGAGUGAUGAAGAGGAGGUGAGGGCCCACCUCCGGAGGGUAGCACAGCAGCCCCCCCUAAAACUGGACACAUCGUCAGAGAAAGUGUGUUUUCUGCGUGUGUUUGGCCUGACCACGCUGGGUCACCGUGACCAGCUACUUCAUCAGAAAAGGAGGAAGAGGAGGAGAAUGCUGAGGGAGCGCAGCAUCUCCCCUCCCCCUGUAAAAGGCAAGAGGAAGGCAGAAGUGGCCACUUCCCCCCUCAGCACGGCUCUCACCUCGGAGGAGAUGAACUGCACCCCCAAACUGGAGGACAAGAAACAGUUCCUUAAUGUGCUCAGCCUGGCCCAUGUGUCCAGCCAGCAGAGAGCAGAUAAGGAGAAGGUGGAGGGGUUGCUGAAUGCUGUAAAGCUGAAGACUGUGACAUUGGACACCAUCCGAUACAACCCUUCACCCCUCUGUUGCAGCCCCCCUGUUCCCUCAACUGGGGACUCCUCACCUGUUCUCCCUGUCAGUGAGUCCAGUGGACUCCAUUACCCAGACUCCCCAAGCCCCUCCCCCCCAUACCCCCAUUAUCUUGAUAACCUCCACACAGACGCCCCAAAACGGCAUAUCCAUAGCCCUCCACCCCGCCACCCCCCUCCCCUUGUCCCACACCUCAACAAGCCAGGAAUAGACAAAGGUUACCCAGCUAAGAGGCUCCAGGACCUCCAGAACGGAGAAGGGCAACGUGGCCAACCUCCCCAAACAAAGGCCGCCCUGGCUGGGAAGAAAAUGCCGUGGGAGACGUUCACCCCAGAGGUCUUCGCCCAACACUUUCACCAGGCUGUGUUGCAGUCUACCCACAAGACGCUGGGUGGUUCCACCGUCAUUCCAGAGUCCAGCAUAAAGUCUGAGCCUUCAGCAACCUAUAACAUCCCCCCACCGAAGGCACCGGCCCUUUUCCGCACCCCCCCACACCCACUCACCAAUGGGCAUUACCUCGGCACCUCCCCACCGCGCCAUGACCCCGAGGGCGCAUGGGAUGAGCUGUCAGAGGACGAGGAGGAGCAGGAGGGGGAGGAGGAGGAGGAAGCCCCUAGGAAGUGGAGGGGCAUAGAGUCAGUCUUUGAGGCGUAUCAGGAGUACGUGGACGAGCGCGGUGUGGAGAGACAGGUUCUUCACAGUCAGUCCAGGAGGCUGGAGUCCCAGAACUACACUCUCAGUCUGACUGCUGAGCAGCUGUCCCACAGCAUGGCGGAGCUGUCAAGUCAGAGACAGAGGGUGAGAGAGGAGAGAGAGAGGCUGCAGGCUCAGCUGGAGCACUUCAGGAAGUGCCUAACCCUUCCCAGCGUGCACUGGGGCAGGGGACAGGUCCAAGGUCGACCCCCCAGGUGACCGCAUGCCCUGCUCCUGACUGAAAGACAGGACACCCAAUGGAUUCAGUCACAUGCAAAGACGGAACAGUGGAAGGAAAGAACAAAGAAACUUGAAGCAGGGAGCCAAGUAACGAAAGAUGGUAGAAUGGAAGGGAGAAAAAGAGGACAUGACAGACUUCAGACUCUAUAGUGUGUUCAGACUGACUGCUGUUAAAGACUACUCCAGGUUUAGAAUAGGCUCUGCUUUUAAAGACUACUCCAGGUUUAGAAUAGGCUCUGCUUUUAAAGACUAGUCCAGGUUUAGAAUAGGCUAUGCAGUUAAAGACUAGUCCCCAGGUAUAGAAUAGGUUAUUCUGUAAAGAGAUUAAUAUUAGAACCUACGUUAACCAAUCUUGGAAAUGAAUUGACCAGGCAGUUCUAGGUCCUCCUUAUUUUAAUCUGUAAUUUGGAGGGGUUUGGAAGCAACCAAUAGCCUGCCCUAAAGGGAAUGCACAACCAGUAGCAAGUAAACCAAUGGGCUGGAGGGACUUGAAUCAGCCAAGAUGCACUUAAAGACCUAGAAAUUCUACUAGUGAUCAUACUGGUGAUAUUACUGUUAGAACUAGAGUAUGUAGUGCUGUAAACAGGUAUUACUGUUCUGGAGCUUAAGGUUUAUCAUGAACUUGCAAAAACACAAUUUUAGAGUAUGUAAGACAGUGUUCCUUUAAUGUAAUAACUAAAGGUAUUGAACAUUUAAAAAAGGUUUAUCUUUUAAAAAAGGUUCUAUACUAUUAUGUCUGGAUAGGUUUCAAAGAAUGUUGCCAUUGAUAAUGUAUAUACUAAGUAGCCCUGAAUUAUUUAUGUUUUUAUUAUUUUAUAGUUAAAAGCCUGCUUUAGAAUAGCAAUUUGGUAAUAAAAACAAUAUGCUUGGGAUAUUUGUACUGCUGCUGGUCAGUAUGAAAUAUUAAAAGGGCCGUAUGUGGACUGUCUUUGAGGAAGGCAUUUUGGAGAUGCAAGGAAGAAAUACUUUGGUGGGAGACAGAAAAUCAAAUAAUUUGAUAAUGAUAGCAACCUUACUAAGCACCAAGUGAGUAUAACCUAUAUAUCAUUCAAGCAGUCUUCUGCCACAUGACAAAAGUGCCAAAGUCACCCCGCCCAUCAUAGACUAAGUCCCCAUGGUGACACAGGUUUUCCUGUGUCAGGUCAACUCUAUACAGCCUGUUGACUCAAAACUCACCUCUCUACAUCCUGUUGACUAAAAAACUUACCUCUUUACAUUCUGUUGACUCAAAACUCACCUCUCUACAUCCUGUUGACUCAAAAAGCAACCCUUUACAUCCUGUUGACUCAAAACUCACCCCUUUACAUCCCGUUGAUUCAAAACUCACCUCUCUACAUCCCAUUGACUCAAAACUCACCUCUUUACAUCCUGUUGACUCAAAACUCAUUUCUUUACAUCCUGUUGACUCAAAACUAAUUUCUCUACAUCCUUUUGAUUCAAAACUCACCUCUUCACAUCCUGUUGACACAAAACUAAUUUCUCUACAUCCUGUUGACUCAAAACACAUUUCUCUACAUCAUGUUGACUCAAAACUCACUUAUCUACAGCUUGUAGUUGACAAACUUUCUCCCACCGAAAAAAAGAAAACAGAUAAAAUCACAUGCUGUGAUAUAGUUUUAAUUGCUGUAAUUUCAAAUAUUUUGCUUACAUUAGGCCUAUCAUGUAAUAGAUUAUUUAGUGACAAUUAACUAUUUAUGGAAAUUCUGUCAUUUCCGGAUGAAAAAUAAAAGGUUUGAAAAAUGUAGCGUAUAUCUGGAUAAUUUUAAGAUGGAUUGUUAUCAAUAAAAUGAAUCAUGUUGAA